AUGUAUAUAUAUACCAUCUCUCACAAGGUCUGCGUCAAUCACUUUUCUCCAAAGGUCGGUGCAUUUCAACCUGCAGCUCUACUUGAUCAUGUCUCACUCAGGUGCUCAAGGCAGCAUUGGCAGCCAUUCUGCCAUGGGGAUGCGCAACUUCAAGAUAUACUUCUAUGAAUUUGAGAACUUCCAGGGCCGUAGGAUGGACCUGUUUGGAGAGUGCCGCAACCUUUGCGAGAAGGGCUUUGAAAGAAUCGGCUCCAUCAGGGUGGAGUGUGGACCUUGGGUGGGUUAUGAGCAGCAGAACAUGACUGGUGAGAUGUUCAUUCUGGAGAAGGGAGAGUACCCACGCUGGGACACCUGGUCCAACAGCUACAGGUGUGACCGUUUCAUGUCUGUCAGGCCCAUCCGCAUGGACCCACAGGACCACAAGAUCUGCCUGUAUGAAAGUACAAACUUUGAGGGUCGGAAGAUGGAAGUGUGCGACGAGGAUAUUCCAAGCCUGUGGUCUUAUGGUUUCCAGGACCGUGUUGCCAGCAUUCAGGUCACCGGUGGAACCUGGGUGGGAUACCAGUACCCUGGCUACCGCGGCUACCAGUAUGUGUUUGAAUGUGGCCCUUACAAACAGUGGAACGAGUGGGGGGCCCACAAUCCCCAGAUCCAGUCCAUCCGCAGGGUGAGAGACAUGCAGACACAUCGCAGGGGCUGCUUUGAGAUGACCGCAUAGAGGAGUCCAGCACACCGUGGGCUAACAGGAGGGAUCGUCGAGGGAAUGCCAAACAUGCCUUGGAGAUUCUUCAACAGCCACACAAGCGAACGGCUUUUGAAUAUUGUUACUGCUUUUACUGGUAGGAUUUGGGAGAAUGUGCCAUCAUGAAUGAAUUCUGAUUGCCACAGGCUUUCAGAGUAACUGUGGUUAAAGCAGUAUCAGUGCUCUCUGUCUACAAACCUCAUACAAAGAUAAUAUGACUUAUUAUAUUUAUGAAAUUGGGGAAUAAAGGGGAUUAGUCAAUUUAAGUACAUAGUUUGUGUUCAUUAGUUUGUUUCAAGGCUAUUUACAACUAUACCAAAACAAAGUUUGAAUUUAUUUUGUUUUAUUUCACCUGCCUAUGUGUUUCAAGCUGAAAUGAUGCCAAUAAGCACGUUCAUCCGCAGUGAUAGACAGUCAUACUGUGUCACUCCUCACUCCUUGUAUUAUUAUCAUGGACAGCACAUGCCCUGCACUGAGUUUACCAGGCAGAGGGAGGCGCUAUCGCCUCACCUCAGAGACUGAAGGAGGGCACUGGCCAGUCUGUGAUUAAACACGAGAGAUGUGGCAGUGCAGGGUUGUUUUUAAUGCAGAUAUCUUGUGGCUGAAUGACCUGUUUCCAGCUCACUGAUGGGGCUGUUCAGAAGAUGAGUGUGUUACUCUUUCUCAGGGAUGCUGGCAUCUGGAAAGCAACUUUCCAAUGGAAAAAAAAAAAGAAAUAAAAAUAUAACACCUGA